ACAAUGGAUUUGCUGCCGGUGCCUAUCAUAGUCACUCAGGUAGCGGCGCGUCUGUACUCUGUAUGCCACCUCGCGCAACGUACGGAGAUCAGAGCGAUCGAUCGCAAAGUGGUUCUCUUCUCUACGGUUACGAGUACGAGACAUCCGAAGGAGGCACCAUCCAGGCUACAGCUCUACGCAGUGUUAACAAUCGAGAGGUCUCGUGUGCCGUUUGCGAGAACACGCAAGCGACUUCGUCGUUCACUCUAUUCGGUAGUACGACUUGUCCGUCCGGAUACGACAUGGAGUAUACGGGAUAUGCUUUCUCUUCACGAUACAGCGAGAGAAAGAGUAGUUACGUUUGCGUCGACAAGACUCCGAGUUAUUAUAGCAACGGUCUCGGCACUUUGAACAACAACCAGGCGAGACUCUAUCCUGUUGAGUACCGCUGCGGGUCGUUGUUGUGUCCACCGUACGUCAACUAUCGGGAGAUUCUUUGCUCACAGUGCAGCAAGCUGGAGCGUUGUUUGCAUUAUGUGUAUAACGGAUCGUACGUCGCCGAAUGCCCGACCGGAACAUUCCUCAACUCGACGACUGACUAUUGUGAUGAUUGCCACCCGUACUGUGGUGACGCGGGCUGCCGUGGUCCUCUCAAUAGCGACUGUAUUGGUGCAUGCAAGUACUUUGUGUUUAAUGGCAGCUGCGUCGCGUCGUGUCCAGCCACGUUCAUCAGCAAUGUAGACAAGAAAUGCGUCAAGGCUACUCCUGAUGUUGAUUGCGAGGGUAAUCGCGGAGGCAAUAAAGUUUAUGAUCGAUGUGGAGUGUGCGGAGGAGAUGGCCAAAGCUGCAAUCAGAAAGCCAUUUACAUCCACUGGGGAAGCAGCAGCUGCCCUCAACCCAGCAGAAAACUCUUCGAGGGAUACACGGCAAGCCCUCAGUAUUCUCAGAGUGGAGGUGGCUACAACUACGUUUGCCUCCAGAAAACCCCAACGUCUGGAUUUGAACAGUCGGACUAUUCGCAAAGUUCUGGAGAAUUAUUUGGUGUGGAAUACAGAACGGGAACUGUGGCUAUUCCAGAGCUUCAACGUGUCAAUGGAGCCACAGUACCGUGUGCAGCCUGCGAGGCGCCUCGGAGUGGAGUAUUCAUGUAUCCAGCUUCAUCCGAGUGUCCCGGAGGGUGGCAUGAGGAAUACGAGGGAUACGUAAUGGCAAAUUACUACACCAGUUCCUACCAGAGAAAGGAGUUCAUAUGCGUAGAGAGGUUCGCCGAGCGAGGCAGCGGUCCUUCAUCUCGUAGUCAGUCGUUCGUUUAUCCGACCGAGGUACAAUGCAAUGGUCUGCCCUGUCCUCCUUACACUCAGUAUCGGGAGUUGGCGUGCGUCGUUUGCUCUCCGGAAGAAGCAAAAGGCUCGGGCGAAGUCUACAUUCGCUGGGGUAAGGCAUCGUGUCCUUCCAACAGCACGACAGUCAAGGUGUACGACGGACGUACAGCAGUGAGUCAUACGGGACACAGCGGAGGCGGCUCCAACCCGUUGUGCUUGCCGAUGGAACCAACAUAUUUGCAACACAACGACAACGACCAAAGCUCUGCGUACGUCUACGGAGCAUAUUAUCAUACUUCGUCUGGUCCGCCACACGCUCAAGGUUUGCGCGCCGUUCACAACCGUCGCAUACCUUGCUCUGUCUGCUUCACACCGGACGUUCAUACUCACGUGAUGGUGCCGGGCAGAUACACGUGCCCGGGUUAUUUCAAACCCGAAUAUUACGGAUACCUUUUCUCGGCAUACUACGGCAGCUACUCGGUGAAUUACAUCUGUGUUGACAACGAGCCCGAGCCUAUCGGUAGCGAGAGCGGAGGAGGAGCCCCUCUUUAUACGGUCGAGAUAGAGUGUGGAAGUUUGCGUUGCAGAAACGAGGAUGGUGGAUACGUCGCGAACAGAGAGGCGACGUGCGUCGUCUGUACACCCGACACGAGACGCAAAACGGCGGUCUAUACACGCUGGGGCUCAAACACGUGCCCGGGAACGAACGCUACGACGAGACAGAUAUACAGUGGGUUUGUUGCUGGUUCGUAUCACGGCCACUCCGGCAGCGGCAACAAUUUUCUCUGCAUGCACCCGACGGCUCAGUACCUCAACCACAGCGACUCGGACCACUCGUCCGGUCGCCUUUACGGUUACGAGUACGAAAACUCGGGUCUGCGGGGUCCCUACCGGCAAGUGUACAACAGAGAAGUUCCGUGUGCUAUUUGCGAGAACCUGCAAGCGGCGACGACGUUCACCCAGUUUGGAAGCGACGUGUGCCCGGUGGACUACAGUGCAGACUAUACGGGAUACGUCAUGUCGUCGACGAGCGGCCACUGGAAAACCGAGUUCAUCUGCGUCGACCGCAAUCCCGACUUCUACGAUAACGGACUCGGCACGACAAGCAACAAUCACGGCAUGUUGUAUCCCGUUGAGAGCAGAUGCGGCUCUCUACCGUGUCCUCCAUACACAGAUGAACGCGAAGUCAUGUGUGCGCAGUGCAGUCGACUCGCAACCCGUUGCUCUUACUUUUCGCACGGACAGACUUGUGUCACGUCUUGUCCUCUAAUGACGUACUCCGACAAGAACAAGGUGUGUCAGGAAUGUCAUCCCGAGUGCGCCGACGGCUGCUCGGGAUCGACGGCAUUCAAUUGUACGUCGUGCCAGCGCAAGACGAUGGACGUUUUGGGAGAGUGCGUGGCGGAGUGUCCAACCGGUUUCGUAUCUGACGUCACCAACGUCUGCGUCAAAUCUACGCCGCUUACUGAUUGUGCUGGCGUCGUCAACGGAACGAAGGUUGUUGACCGUUGCGGUGUGUGCGGCGGAGACAAUCUUUCCUGCAACCUGAAGGCUGUCUACGUUCGUUGGGGCCGCACGACGUGUCCGUCAACCGCUAAACUUCUCUACUACGGAACGGCUGCAAGUUCUCUCGAUGAUCACUCCGGCGGUGGGCAUAAUUCAUUGUGCUUGCCGAACAAACCCGGUCAGAGUUGGGAACACACCGACACCACAAACAGUGGAUCUUAUCUGUAUGGCGCUGAAUUCGAAACCGGUGGGUUCGGUGUGUCGGAUCUCUUCGGCGUAGCAAACUCUCCUAUACAGUGCGCCGUCUGCGAGGCUGCAAGAGGGGAGACUGUGAUGGUACCAGGUAAUUACGUAUGCCCGAAAGUGAACAACACCGAUUGGGUAGUCGAAUAUACGGGCUAUCUAAUGGUGAACCAGUACAAUCGAUACAAGGGAGAGUUCGUGUGCGUCGAUCGACAUCCGGAGAGAGUGACGGUGCGCAACAAUCACAAUCAGGUCGCUUGGUAUCCGACCGAAUUUCAGUGCGGCACCCUGUCUUGUCCGCCUUACAACAACGACAGAGAACUCGCGUGUGUUGUUUGUUCUCCUCCAAGUGAUUCGCAUACCGGAACGGUUUACACUCGUUGGGGCCGACAGGUAUGCGCAUCAGGCAAUGCGGAAAUUUACAAGGGUCGAGCUGCUAGCUCUCCACAAUCAGGAUCCGGUGCCAAUCCUAUCUGUGUAUAUCCUUCACCUGCUUACCUGACCCACAGUGACAGUAACAACGGUGGGGCUCAAUUGUACGGAGCACAAUAUAAAUGGAACUCGCAAGUCGUCGCUUUCCAGAGUGUCGACAACAAGGCGAUACCGUGUACCGUUUGUCUGGUCGCGAAAAAGGGAUCGACUAUAAUGGUUCCCGGCGAGAACUUUUGUCCAAAGGAAUGGAAGCUUGAGUAUUGGGGAUAUCUGAUGGCCGCCUACUAUACACAUCAGAAAUCAAACUGGGUGUGUGUCGAUUCCCAACCGGAAACAAUUAGUCCACCAUCGUCUGGUUCCGGUCAGACUCUCUGGUACCCUACUGAAAUCGAAUGCGGUAGCAUUGAAUGCUCGCGCACUCGUCCCAAUGGGUACGUCCAGAACAGAGAAGUCACGUGUGCCGUGUGCUCGCCGGUGACAUCACGCCGUACGACUGUGUACACGCGGUAUGGUCGUAACUUUUGUCCGUCUGGAUCGACUUUGGUGAGAAAUGGAUUUUUGGCCGGUUCCUAUUUCUCGCAUACCGGAAGUGGAGCGAAUUUCCUCUGCAUGACUCCCAACACCACAUACGCCGAUCACAACGACAACAACCAGGAAGGUGCGCUUCUAUACGGAUAUGAGUAUGAAACAAGCAGUGGUGCGCUUCGUAGUUCAGAAUACAGAUCAGUUCAUAAUUACGAGGUUCCUUGUGCCGUGUGCGAGAACGUGGGGUCUUCGUCGACGUUCACGAUGUUUGGCAACAACACGUGUCCUUCCGGCUACUCGUCAGACUUUGUUGGUUAUGCUUUCUCGACCUACCACGGUAGCUAUCAUCGUAAGGGCGAGUUCGUUUGCGUCGACGACCAUCCCGAGAAAUACACCAACAACCGGGGUAAUACAAACAAUGACCAGGGCCGACUAUAUCCCGUUGCGCUUCAGUGCGGUACUCUUCCGUGUCCUCCUUACAGCUCCAACCGCGAGGUGGUGUGCGCACAGUGCAGCAAGAUCGUCGGUUCUUGUGACGGAUAUUGGAACGGACAAGAAUGCGUAUCGGACUGUCCUCCGAGGAAGUACGCCGAUGGCGAGAAACGUUGUCAGGCGUGUCACGAUCGGUGCGGUUCUGGUGGAUGCAGCGGUCCAGCGCCGACCCAGUGUGUGGACUGUCUCAAUGUCACCUACAAAGGCGAGUGCAUCGCUGCUUGCCCUAACGAUACCGUAUCCAAUCCUCAGAACGUUUGCGUUUUCAAGAACGCUUCGGUCGAUUGUGCUGGUGUAGUCGGUGGUUCACAGACGACCGACCGUUGCGGUGUUUGUGGAGGCGAUGGCACGAGUUGCAACGCAAAAGCCGUCUACACGCGAUGGGGACGCAAGUCCUGUCCUACCGGUGCGAGGAAAUUGUACGAGGGAUAUUCAUCCAGUGCGAGCGAUGGAUCUUCUGGUGGUGGUUUUGAUCGACUCUGCUUACCUCGCGAUCCCGGGUUUGCUUAUCAGCAUACAGAUUCAGAUCAGGACGGGGCAGAGACGUAUGGAGCCGAAUACGAGACGGGCAGUGGUCCGUCUGCUCAAGUUCGUUCGGUAUCCAACUCACCGAUACCGUGCGCAGUCUGUGAAGCGGUGAGAGGAUCCGUACUGCAAGUGUCAGGGUCUACUCAGUGUCCAACCGGCUGGUCUAGGGAAUACUACGGUUACGUUAUGGCUAAUUAUUACACCAACAAUAAAGGGGAAUACGUUUGUGUCGACGUGAACAUGGAGAAAGGAGACGGCGGAUCGAACAGGAAUCAAGACAGGUGGUAUAUCGCCGAAAUCUAUUGCGAAGGGAUCAAAUGCCCUCCUUAUGUUCAAUACCGCGAACUCGCCUGUGCCGUCUGCAUUCCUCCUCAGAACGAGAGCGGCGUCGUGUAUUACAGGUGGGGCAGGAGCGACUGUCCCGGCGAUGCGAAAUCCUUGUACGCCGGUCAUGCCGUCUCGAGUCGAUACUCAAACUCCGGUAGCGGCGCUAAUGCCAUGUGCCUCGUCGAUUCGCCGAGCUGGACUGGACUCUCGACCAGUGACUCUCAUCAGAACGGCGCGCGUUUGUCCGGAGCUCGUUACCAGAUUAGCGGCAAUCUUCAAGACUUGGGCAGUCGCAUCAACGGCAAGUCGGUCCCUUGCUCCGCUUGCUACGUGUCGGACAAGGAGGCUCACAUUAUGGCUCCGGGCAGCGACGUGUGCCCGAGCGGAUGGCAGCUUGAAUACAAAGGAUAUCUUUUCGCGGGGUACUACACGCACAAGAAGAACGACUGGGUGUGUUUGGACCAGAACGCGCAAGCCGGAAGCGCACCGAACAACGGAUAUGCAUACUGGUAUCCAACUGAAGUACGCUGUGGGGGUAUUCCUUGUGAUACAACGGAGCAGGAUGCGUAUGUGGAUCAGAGAGAAGUCACGUGUGCCGUGUGCUCACCGGACACGAAGCGUAAGAGCUCCGUGUUCGUUCGCUGGGGACGACCCGAUUGCCCAUCGAGCGCCGUCAAGGUGUACGACGGACUGGUCGGCGGCGCGUACCACACUCACACCGGCAGCGGCGCGAGCGUCUUGUGUUUGCGCAAGAACGCCACGUACGCUGAACGCAACGACAACAGCCAGAACGGAGCGUUGCUGUAUGGAGUCGAGUUCGAGUCCUCCGGUCUGUCCGGUUCAGACUACAAAGCCAUGGAUGACAGACAGAUGUCUUGUGCCGUGUGUGAGAGCAGAGCCAUUUCGGCAACGUUCACCCUCUUCGGAAAGGACGUCUGCCCUGAAGGAUACGUAUCAGACUACACUGGUUAUGGCUUCGCUAAUCGUCAUUGCUGCAGUUACCAGAAAAGCAACUUCAUCUGUCUGGACGACAAGCCUCAAGAAUACUCGAGGAGGAAAAGCACCAACUACAAUCAAGGAAGAGUGUGGCCUAUGGAGGCAUACUGCGGGACCUUACCUUGUCCGCCCUACACUCAGGAGCGUGAAAUGUUGUGCACGCAGUGCACCCGUCAGUCGUCGGUAUGUCCUCACUUUCGAGACGGACAAGACUGCGUGUUGUCGUGCGGCAAGGAUCAGUAUGCCGACUCUUCUCGACGAUGCCGUUCCUGCGACUCCGAAUGCCUCGGCGGAUGCACGGCGGCGGGACCGUCCGAGUGCGUCAAAUGUGCCCACUACCGGGACGACGGUAAAUGCGUAUCGCAGUGCCCCAACGGAAAGAUCGCCGAUCUCACAAACGACUGCAUUGGCACACAAGCAAACGCAGACUGCGCGGGGGUCCUCCACGGCGGCAAGAAGUUCGACCGUUGCGGCGUGUGUGGCGGCGACGGCAGCAGUUGCAGACGCAGGGCGAUCUUUACUCGUUGGGGUCAUCGGAGUUGUCCGUCGGGAUCGACGAAAAUCUACGACGGCUAUAUGGGAACGGCGAGCCACGGUCAUCGCGGUUCAGGAUACAAUGCGCUCUGUUUGAGUCUUCCUGGUACCUCGUACGCUUCGAAGGACACCAACCAAAAUGGAGAUCUCGUUUAUGGCGCCAAUUUCAGAACGUCGAGAUUCGGUGUCAGUUCCUUGAAUAACGUCGACGGCUACAGGGUCGCUUGCGCUGUGUGUGAAGCGAACGGCACGGCUACGUACAUCGCACACGGAACGACCGUCUGUGCUGCGGGAUGGAACGUCGAGUAUUGGGGUUAUGUGAUGGCUCCUCACUACACUUACUAUAACGGAUGGUAUCAUUACCGCUCUGAGUAUAUUUGCGUGGAUAACACUCCCAACACAACACUCGGUACCGGCAGCAAUCAGGGUAUACUCUAUCCAACGGAGCUCGAGUGUGGAAACGUUCCUUGUAAUGUGUACAAGCACGAUUACGAGCUGACGUGUGCCGUCUGCUCGAGUCCUGCCGCGAAUACGACCGGAUCGGUGUACACUCGUUGGGGACGCAAGACGUGCCCUUCGACAGCUGAGACGUUGUACAACGGCUACGCAGCUCGAGGACAUUACGCUCAUACGGGAUCUGGAGCGAACAAUCUCUGCCUCAUCGACAAGCCGUCCUAUGUAGCGUUCGAUAAAAAUAAUCAAAACGGUGCUCUUAUUUACGGUAUUUCGUACGAAUCAUCUGGUGUGGCGCCAGAUUUUGAUGCCGUCUAUCGUCGCACGGCACCGUGCGCUGUCUGCUUUAGUAGUGCAGAUGCCAACAUGGUGUAUCCGGGAAGGUACGACUGUCCCAACGACUGGAAGGUGGAAUAUAAGGGAUAUCUCAUGGCCGAAUGGUACACGUCAUACAAAGGAAACUGGGCUUGCGUCGAUGACAAGCCGGAGUCUGUCAUGGCCCGGACGUCUGCGCAGGCUCGAUGGUACAUGACCGAGAUCGAGUGCGGUAGCAUAUGGUGUCGAAAUCAAGAAGAUCGGUAUAUCCAAAAUCGCGAGCUGACGUGCUCUGUUUGCACUCCGAAGGAUGACGCUACAACAUCGGGAACGUCAGCAAGAUACUCUGCGACAUACGUUCGCUGGGGACGCGAAGAAUGUCCAUCGACGGACGAUGUUCUUGUCUAUAAGGGCUUUGCCGCAGGUUCGCAUUAUGGAAACUGGGGUAGCGGAGCUAACGUCUUCUGUAUGCCCGAGGUACCGCUUUAUGGCAAGUUCGAUUCUGGAGAUAACAAUGGAGCUUUGCUGUAUGGCUACGAGUACGAAACGACAGGUCGUUUUCUUGGACCUGAUUUGAGAGCUGUGGAAAAUAAAAUGGUUUCUUGUGCUGUCUGUAUGAACAGAAAGACGAUCUCCACUUUCACUCAUUUUGGUGACAACAUAUGUCCUACCGGCUAUCAGUCUGACUAUUGGGGCUAUGUAUUUGCCCACAGUUACAGCGAAGUGUCGAAGGGCGAGCACAUGUGCGUUGACAAUUCACCCAGUGCUUAUUACAAUCCGCGAUCAAACGGAGACUUCAACCAAGCUCGUCUGUAUCCUGCGGAAAUUGAGACGGGAUCUCUUCCUAACCCGCCCUACACGCAAGACAGAGAGAUACUCUGCGCGCAGUGCAGCAAGAAGGAAUAGAAUUAUUUAGUCAGACUGUCUUAUGUUGGGCCACGAAUUGUGUCUGUGCGGCUAUGCUUCUCAUUUACUAUAGCGUACAGUGUCUGUUUCAUUUAUUGACUAUUAUUGGACACUGUCGACCAUAUUUAUGUUUCGUGCUGUUUUAUGAUUUUGAGUAGCCCUUUCUUCUCUUUGGGCUAAUUGCUAGUAACCGACAGAGAAUACUCAAUAGCUGUGAUUUUUAGAAA